AUGUCAUCCAGCACCGCAAAUGACUCUUUGAGUAAUAAUUUUCAAAAGGCAUGUAUCGACGGCAACCUUCAGGAUGUUCAGAGAGCUCUCACCACGGGUAGACUCUCUGCUAAAGAUCUCGACACUGGACUCAGGCUCGCUACUAAACAAGCACAUGCGGACAUAGUAGCGGCGCUUUUCGAUGCGGGUGUGCCUAUGUCGCCCAAUGCGAUAGGUUGCCUCUGCGGAAAUGAUGCGAGGCAGGACCCGCGGGUCAUUCGCCUCUACUUCGAUCGUGGCCUGAAGCCUAGUAAUUGUAUAACGUCUAAAGGCGAGCCUCUUCUGCGGUGCGUCUACUACGAGUCAUUGUUAGCUGUCAUUGCAGGGCUGAAUUGUGAGAUAUACAGGUUUUAUUCGGUUGACUGUGCCCGGGAAUUACUCGAGCGAGGCGUCGACCCCAACCGCUGCGGUCCGAGGAAGAUAAGCCCCCUAUCGAGCUCUCUUGACCUAGUUCACGAGGACAACGGAGCUACUUUCGAUUUACUUGUACAAUAUGGGGCGAAGAUGAACCCCGCUCUUUUAUUCGAAGCUCUUGUUUGGAGCAGCGAUGCAGCUAUUAAAUUUCGUUUCCUUCUCUCCAAGGGACUUGAUCCGACCACGACGGUUUCUGCAGAAUGGGGUACGCCGCUGCAUGUUGCAGCGCUUUUUGCCGAUAAGGAGGUUAUAAGAAUACUUCUCGACUUGGGAGCAGAUCCGAACUCCCGAUCAUACUGUACAAAGUUUAAGAACAAAAGCCCCGUGGAAGUCGCCGAGUGGAAGAUGCGAGCUUCUCAUGAAGGCUCUUCCAUGAAGGGCACGUAUCAAAGUGUAAUAAAGCUUCUUGAGUCUGCACAAACAGGAUCCCCUCUUGCAAUUGGUGGGUCGGAGAAAUCAACUACCGAGAACAGUGCGUAG